AUGCGCCGUGCAGCUGUGAGGAGUACGCGCCGCCUUAAGGUCACCGUGGAGGCGUGUCGCCCCCCUCGCAUUUUCCCGUCUUCAGUUCCUCCUUCCGAUGCUUCAACCAUCUACUUUCUCCCCAAGUUCAACGACGGAUAUUUGACCAUCUGCCCCGGCCCCUUCAACGAUAGCAAUCAUUCGAUUACGCCACUAGAAAUGUCGCCAAAGAAGACGCAGGGAUGGGUGGAGCAACUCUCUCUUCUCAUUGACAUAGAAGGGCGUGAGCCUGACUGGCUCUGGAUCGCUUGGGAGUUCGGCAUUACUGCUGUGUUCAACAGGGUCGGCGAAAGACUAGCAUUUGGCGCUCCCAUUCCAGAAACCAAGCCUGCCUCCUCAGCUUUCACCUCUCCUGGCGGUGCUUUUGGUGUUUCUAGGCCGCAGGUAUCUUAUCUCAACGAACUUUCCAAAGUGAGCACCGUCAGUUCAUUCAGCUCCAUGGCGCUCCCUCCGGGAGUCGAAGAAUCUAUUACGCGGAUGAGGGAAAGGAUGAUCGAGUGCAUGCUGACGGGGCUGUACGAGUACAGCGAAGCAUUGAUCGACUGGGUCAAUGACCCUAACCCCUCUGUUAGCUCUCCCCAGGUUCAGCGGUGCGCCCAUUCCAAACGAGACUGCGUUGCACUCCAGUUUGGGUCAUUGACUCUCGGUUUGUCCGAAGACCUUUGGCCGAGAAGGGAUGCUAAAGACGUCCCACUCAGCCCGGCCCAGUUGCGGACAAGGCUCCUUGAUAUCAAGCUGUCAGACUGUGAAAACAACGAUUUCAAGCAAACUAGAAGAGACGGCCGUCAUUCGUCUAAGCAGGCAAAGGUCUACUGCGGAGAUUUCGGCAAGAUAUCAAAGCGAAUCGAAGAUGUGCCGUUCCAGCAACCACCAUUCGCCAAUGACAUGCAGCUCAACCAUCUGACGGACAGAUUUGCUAUAGUAGGUAUAUCAUGUGACUUCGUACCGGUUCCUAUACUUAGGAAACAGAAAACAGAAAAUAGAAUAAAUAUCCGUUCAUAG